GACCCACAGUGCUGACACCGACACAUCGAGAGCACAGAGACCGACAGACGCCUCUCAGCGGCGGGGAUGUGACAGAGAGAGGCUCGGAGGAGACGGAGGGUUUUAACAGAGAAUGCCACAGCAAGCGAACACGCCGCCUGCGUUAGCUAACCAUUGUACUCAGCUAGCUGUAACAUUUAAAGCGAGUAGCAGUGAGUCGUGAUUGUCUUCUUCUUUUUUUUUUUGCAAAACAAUCAUCCUGCGUUAAACAUCCUCCAGCCAGCAUGCCUUCCACCCAGAACCUUCAGUCCAGCGUCAUGCCCUUUUCUGAAACAAGCAUAGGUUCCUUUAAGAGGAGGAAGAGGAAAUCCAUUAUAGUGACGGUGUUGCUCCUCAUUGUGUCUGUGCUCAUCCUCAUCUUCGGCCUGGCAGCAACCACUAGGACGCAGAACAUCACAGUGGGCGGCUACUACCCUGGAGUCAUACUGGGCUUUGGCUCUUUUCUGGGAAUCAUCGGCGCUCAUUUGAUAGACAACAAGAGGCAGAUGUUAGUGGCGUCUAUUGUCUUCAUCAGUUUCGGGGUAGUGGCCGCCUUCUGCUGUGCUAUUGUUGACGGAGUGUUUGUUGCCAGGCACAUUGACCUCAGGCCUCUGUACGCCGGCCGCUGUGAGUUUCACUCCAGUGAGACUUCCUCUGAACGGGACGUGCCCUGUCAGACAUCCUCACGCUCACCCUGUAACCUGCAUGUGAAGGGCAACACGUGUUACUGCUGCGAGCUUUACAACUGCGGGAAACAACAUCCUCUUAUGGGACUUCAGAAUAAAGAUGUAUUGAAAAAGUUUAGGAAAUCAUCCAUGAUUUGGAACCGUGUUGAGCUGAUUGGAGGCUACCAUGAGUACACGGAUGUGAAGAGCUGCCAGGACGUGGUGUACCUCUAUCACCUGUUGUGGUCCGCUACAAUCCUCAACAUCAUGGCCCUCUUUCUGGGCAUCAUCACUGCUGCAGUGUUGGGAGGUUUCAAAGACAUGAUUCCUGCUCCUGGCUCAGAGUCUACAUCUGAACCUGAAGCCCUCACAGCUCCAGCUCCCUCACAGCCUCCUCCACCCACCACCUCCCUCAACUCAUACUACAACACUGCCCCCUGCCUGCCGCCUUACACCGCCUACGACCUGCAGGGCUCCUACCAGUUCCCCGACUCCUCCACCCUGUCGGAUGACUCCCAGUCUGGGGCCAGCCACCUGUGGCCGACAAUGGUCCCUCCACGAUACUCUCCUCCUCACACCCAUCCCGACGAGAAGCCCCCGCCCUACAGCCCGUAACACUCAUCCAGCAUAAAGAAGGCACCUGAAACGUUAUGGGGUGUUAUUCAGAUGCUGAUUGAGUGGCUUGAAUGCACAUUUCCUCUGGGCUUUUCCUCACAAUGUGUGUUGGAGGAAAGGCGGUGAGGAAGAGAAGAAAGCCACGGAGUCCAACACCAGGAGUGUUUGUCGCCCGGGUUGCACUCGCACAUCAAAAGACAACCGGUCCACAGCCAGGACUGUUUACACAUCUUUCUGCCUUAAUUCAAACGGGCUUCCAGCGCUGCAGCCCUGGGUCACUGGACUUAUUCUGUACUAUGUCAAGGUUCACUUCUCUUCAGGACAUAUUGUAAAUGCUUUCUGCCUCAAGUGGCACCAAUGAUAACAUGAUGAGAUAAGGACGGCCACGAAAUCAAACCCAAGAUACAUCUUUUGAUGUCUCCCCAGAAUACGAGUCGGCUAGAGAAUUAAAAAGUAUAGUAGCAGUAGUAGGACCGGGCAGUCUCUCCUUUAGCAGAUAAUUAGGCAAUGUUAGCAGCAAUGAAGGAACGACAUGCUUAUAAUGUAUGUACAGCAGUAUGAUCCUCGGAUGCAUUUCAGCAGUUCAGCUAUACAAACACAUUUAUCAACUCUUCAUUUUGUUACAAAAAUACCUUGAACCAUGUGUGGUGAAUUUCGCAGAGCAACGUUUAUGAAGAAACAAGCUAUUCUGCAAUAGGGCGGUCACAGUUACACUCCAAACUAUUUAUUCUAUUUUCACUAUAAGCUGCAAAGCAGAUAAGCGUAUAUUAUCUUGCGCCAUUUAAGUAGUUGUGAUAUCACAUCCGAGUUAAAAUGUGUCGUCUCCGUCAGGAAUAAACAGUAGGAAGGCCGAGCGGGAACAGUCGGUGCUGGAUUCACUGACAUGAGGGGAGAUCAUGAAAGGUCAAAGGACUGUUGUACUCUUGUAAACUUAGACAAUGUCAAUGAGACAGGUCUCCGUCAGCUGUUAUCACUGCUUUUUAUAAUUUAAAGAAAACACUCAGGGGCUGAUUGUCAGUUCCUUUUCAUCUUGCUAGUAAAAAUGUUUUGUGUAAUUCAAA